AUGUCGUGCGGCUUCACGCCGGACCUUGCGCGCAUGCUGGAGCAAAUGGCCGUGGAGAAGGAGCGCCAUGCCGCCGAGGCGCAGCAGACUCUGGCAGAGACGGAGCAGAAUAAUGGAUACGACUGGACCCGGACGUACGAGAAAUGGGAAGCGUGGGAAGACCCCGAGGAGCUGGCGAGGCAGGAGCAGGAGGCUCGGGAGCGCAGCGAGCGCGCCGCCAAGGCGCAGAUGGGCUGCAACCACGACCACUCGGCCGAGCAAAAGCUGAUGGACAUGACCACGCAGGAGAAGCUGGGGGCCUGUGACGAGUUCCGGGUGCUGGGCAACCUCUUCUUCAAGCACGGACAGUAUCAGAGGGCUGCGUUCCACUACCACAAGGCGCUGGUGUACUUCGAGUACGUCUUCACAGACACCGAAGAGGAAGAGGCUCAGGCGGACGCGUUGAAGUUGAAGCUGCUGCUGAACUUUGCCGCGUGCCGACUCAAGACGAUGCACCUGGACGACGCUGUGCAUCACGCCAACCAGGCGCUGGAGAUUGACGCAGACAAUGUGAAGGCCUUGUAUCGUCGUGCACAGGCAUACAGACUCAAGGACGACUUCGACCUCGCACAGCAGGACAUCGCUCGAGCCAUUGAGCUCUCAAAGGAAGCGGGCGGUGCGCAGUCGGCGGACGCGCAGUUGGUGCAGGAGAAGACGUUGCUGCAGGCCAAAAUGCUCGCGUACAAGCUGCGGACGAAGCAGGUCUCGGCUGCGAUGUUCGGCAAUGGAGACAAGCCCAAGCCUCUAGGGGGGCACUACAUCUCCGGACUUCGAGCGCCGGAUGCCAACGCGAUGUCGCUCAACUUGUCGAAGGGACCGAUGUCAGCUUCAGUGUCGUCGAGUGGCGAUUUCCCGAGCUUGGACACCUGGCAGCCCUCGACUCGAGGCUUGAAGGAGCUGCAGACGCUGAUAACGCAGCUCGACGGAUAG